AGCCUUGCCUGUUAAUUGUCAUGGUAACGGAGACACAAGAUGGCGGAACAGGACCAGCCGCUGCUAACGGAGGGCGAGGGAGACGGCGCGGGGGCCGCAGAACCCCAGGGCCCAGUGCUAGACAUAGAUAUGAUUAUCAGUAGACUGCUGAGCUACAAGGAGAAGCCGGGAAAGCAGGUGAACCUGCCAGAGAGCCAGAUCCGCCAGCUCUGUGCCAAGUCACGUGAGCUGUUUCUCUCCCAGCCAAUGCUUCUGGAGCUGGAGGCUCCACUGGUGAUAUGUGGAGACCUACACGGGCAGUAUGAAGACCUCUUGCGAUAUUUCGACAAAGUUGGAUAUCCUCCCAACACCAACUUUCUCUUCCUAGGAGAUUAUGUGGACAGGGGGAAGAUGUCACUGGAAACAGUGUGUCUGAUUCUGGCCUACAAGAUGAAGUACCCGGAGAGUAUCUUCAUGCUCAGAGGCAACCACGAGAGUGCCAGCAUCAAUAGAAUUUAUGGAUUUUAUGAUGAGUGCAAACGACGCUACAGCAUAAAACUGUGGAAGACUUUCACUGACUGCUUCAACUGCCUUCCACUAGUGGCACUGGUAGAGGAGAAGAUACUGUGCAUGCACGGAGGGCUCUCACCUGACCUCCAUGACCUAAACCAAAUAAAAGAGUUGGAGCGUCCGUUGGAAGUCCCUGACAGUGGUCUAGUAUGUGAUCUCCUCUGGUCAGAUCCUGACAUGGAUAUCACUGGCUGGGGGGAGAAUGAUAGAGGUGUGUCCUAUACAUUUGGACCCGAUGUAGUCCAGACUAUGACCGAGAAGUUUGGAAUCGACCUGGUUUGCCGAGCACACCAAGUGGUUGAAGAUGGCUACGAGUUCUUCCAUAAGAGACAGCUGGUGACCAUUUUCAGUGCUCCCAACUACUGCGGUGAGUUUGACAAUGCCGGAGGUUGUCUCCAAGUCGAGAAAGACCUUCGCUGCUCAUUUGCCAUCGUACCACCGAGUCAGUCAGUGGAGGUAAAAAAGAAGUGAGAGGUGUCCUAGACCACCACUGAAAGCCACACACUGAAUCUGAAAAACAGAUAGAAUCUGUAUACGUUCAUCUAUCACAAUAUCAUCACUCAGUCACCCAGUCUGUUUGUAUUACACGGUAUAAACAAAGCAAUUGGAGGUGUAAUAUACCACCAUCAGUGAUUCAGUAACCUAU